GGCUUUUCGACAGGUGGCAUCAAUUCAACGUGUCAAUCUGCUACACUCGGCCCAACAGCCAAGAACCUCUUCACCGAUUGGCAGUAUUGUUGAUAGACGUCUUUCAGUUCACCGUCAGGCUUCCGUCAAAUCUGCCAGGUGACAGAGCAGUCACUCAGUUAUGGACUAUCAAAACCUACGAGGCUUACGUGGUCGGGUGACACAGUGGACCGGAAAGAUUGUCGACCAACUGUUAGACAGCAAAGACUCGCCCGGUCCGGGCCCGACGCCCCCACCACCCCCUAAUCCUCCAUACAACACUCACCCUCAGUAUGGUGUCAACCAGCAACACCAACACCAACAACCAUACCAAUACCAUCCCAACCCUCAAUAUUCACCGAACCCUCAGUUUGGAUGGUCUCCUCCUCAGUAUGGCUCCAAUUAUCAUCAGUUUCCCCAGCCUCCGAUCAAUGGCAACGGACAGAAUUACUCUCUGGGUGGCCCUCCUUCACCUAAUCCCCCACCUGAAGAUGCUCUCGGCCUAAGAUUCAAUAUGUUCAAUGUAAGUCAAUAUUCAACUAUUCUGUCAUAUUAUUGUCUUCAUUCACUAUUCACAAGUACCCCUACUAUCAUGUUUGCGAAUCAUUGGAAUUCGCCAGAUUCAAGUGCAGUCAUCAAUUAGUUUGCAUUCUUUUCCAUCCACCCCUGAAGACACUUCACUUCACGGAUAGACUAUUCUGGCACCUGAAUGACACUGUCAAUCAGAGAACUGAUGGCGCGGCAAGACAUGGCCAGAACCAUGAUUGUCCUCCCAAACCAGUCACUCUCUCGGAAGAUGCAGAUGUCAGUCAUAUCAGCAAGGGGGGUUUCUCUCAACAUGACAUUGAUAUUGAGAACGCACGCAUGAAACCUCACAUUCCACAAUUAUCAAUAUCAAUGUCAACAACCGUGUCCCUACCACCACCCCUCAUAUCCACAUGAUUUCUCGCAUCUUUUCCGUUGCAUAUAUUGUCACGUUCCUCCUGACGAUAUAUGCACAGGCCGCGCCAACUGAAACAGGAACAGAAGUGAAUGGAACAUGGGAAAACCAACCCCCUUCACGCCGCUCGCCGGGACCAGCAAAAUUCCCUCCUAAAGUCAACAUCUCCAAAGUCGACUUCCUAGGCGACGUGCACAGUUCAACGACAUAUGUGAUCCGAGACUUGGGCUUCCAGGGCCGCAUCGGAAAACACGUCCUCCUCAGCUACGGCGACACACUAUGGAGCGACGCCAAUUACUCGGAUAAAUGGCGAGGUAUGGUGAGCGACUCGGUCGCACUGGCGACACACGAUCCCUUGGUAGUAAUCGACCCAAUCCUCAACGCCAACGGGUAUCCUCCACAAUUCUGCCCCGUCAUGUCCGAAUACAACGAGACGAAUUCCGAUUACGCGCUGGGCAUCACCAAUAUUGUCGAAACGGGGCGUAAUCAAGGAAUGUUGUUCUUCCUCCUCAACCAUCGACCGGGUGGGAAGAGUCGCAUCGUCGGCGCGGGAGUCGCCACCAUCCAACUCGACACCACGGUUUAUCCUCCACGACCUCAUCUCCGUCGUCUACCUCCGCAGACAUGGUGGGAUGCAGCGGUGGAACCGUGGUGGGGAGAUGUCUGUGCGCUUCGCUAUGGGAAAUAUAUCUACGCGUAUGGCCAUGGCGCCGACAAGGACGUCAAUCCUUGGGUCUAUGUCGCUCGAGUCCGGUACUGGGAAGCCCUUGACAUCAAUCGCUAUGAAUAUUGGAAUGGCCAGUAUUGGCAGAGAGAAAGGUUGCAGACUAAGGACAUUGGAAAGAAAGAAAGUGUCUUUUGGCAGAUCAAUCAAGGUACUGUCGUCUGGUCGAAUUAUUUCCAGUGCUUGAUCUUUGUCUAUUCAGACAACUGGUGGAAUUCACGAGUCCUGAUGAAAAUGUCCAAAUAUCCCGAGGGACCAUGGUCAGAGCCCAUUACCUUGUAUCAAGCAACUCCAGCCCAGAAAGGUGGUUCCACCUACGCCGCCUCUCCACAUCCCUAUUUCGACGAGUCGGGCCGAACAUUGGUCUGUACUUUUACGAAUUAUCCCAACAUCGUGCAGGCGAUACGGGUCCAUUUUGAGUAAAGAUUCCGGUGGCUUAUGAGGGUUAUGAUGUUGGUAAUGAGGGAUUGGGCUCCGAUUGGUACAGAUUGGAGGGUUUGGGCACAUUGGCCAUUGUCCGUUGACAUACUUACAACACACAUCCGUCAACAAGUCAAUGUGUGUGGGUGGUGUGUACAUGCCGUGGCGAUGGUUAUUUCUUUCGAUUCGAUUGGUGUACGAUAUCGACAUCGACAUCGACAUCGUACAAACAAAGCGUUAUAGACUUUGGGAUUUUUUUCAUACAUGGACGGUAGAAUUUAUGUUGCCGACUGAAUUACAGGACUAAACCAGUUCUCGGGGGCAUAUGGUAUGGACACGACAUCCAGUCGCUUGAGUUGGCACUUGACAGGCGAUGAUGAUCUUCUGAUCUUC